AUGGCCCAACAGAUGCAGGCCUACGCUCAGAACAAGGGCACCCUCGUCCCAGGACAGUCCAUCUCAGUCAAUAAAUAUACCGUUCAGGUCGACCGCUAUCUUUCUCAAGGUGGUUUCGCCCAUGUCUAUCUGUGUAGAACUCCCACUCCCGUCUAUGGUACCACCCACCAUGUCCUGAAGCGUAUCGCCGUCCCUAACGAGGGCAUGCUUUCUGAGGUGAAGAAGGAAGUAGAUAUCAUGCGUAUACUUAAAGGUCAUCCUAAUAUCGUCCACCUCAUCGAUGCAGCUUGGCACAGGAUGUCGAACGGCAUGUAUGAAGUAUUUAUUCUGAUGGACUAUUGUGCUGGGGGUGGGAUCAUCGACAUGAUGAACAGGCGGUUGCGCGAGCGUCUCACAGAAGGGGAAAUUCUGCAAAUAUUCGUCGACGUAUGCGAAGGUGUCGCCGCCAUGCACAAUCUUCGACCGGCCCUCCUCCAUCGCGAUCUCAAAGUCGAGAACAUCCUUCAAUCCUCCCCCACAUCGUUCAAGCUCUGUGACUUCGGCUCUGCGACGCCAGUUGCUCGACGACCACCUGCAAACACACAAGAGAUCAGAGCUCUCGAAGCCGACCUGAAUCGACAUACUACGCUGCAAUACAGAGCGCCCGAAAUGGUUGAUCCCUACUUGCGCCGGCCUGUCGAUGAGAAGUCGGACGUGUGGGCUCUCGGAGUACUGCUCUACAAGCUGUGCUACUAUACUACACCUUUCGAGGAGCAUGGACCACUUGCUAUUCUCAACGUGCAGUAUAAGAUCCCACCUUACCCGAUAUACUCGGCUCAGAUGAACGCACUGAUUGCCUCUAUGCUUCGUGAACAUGGUGCACAUCGGCCGUCUGCCUUCGAACUUCUCAAUGUCGUCCACGCCAUGCGUGGAACCAAGUCACAAUUCACCUAUAACAUCCCAGCUCGACCAUCGUUACCUCCACGCCCGGUCGAGGCACCACCGCAGGCCGGCAACACUCUCGAUAACCUCGUGUCCUAUCGAUCAUCCUCUUCAACUUCGGGUCCUCAGGCUCCUCUCUCGUCAUCUCCCCAUAAAAAUGCGGGUGUGGAAGCGCGGGAGAAGGUGUUGGAUGCCAUCGCACCAAUGCGCCGUGGUCGUCCUACGCAGGCCCAUUCGCCUCCACGGUCAGUCAGUCCCGCGAAAGAGCAGACGAAAGCUACCCGGCCCGCAGAGGGUAAAUUGUUUGAAAUGGACCCAGAAAAGGACUUCGGACAGACAGAAGAGUCUUCGUGGAAGGCCGUCAGGCAGGCUCAUGGUGGUAUUCGUGGACAUCGGUCUGGGGUGGCAAGUCCGGAGGCGUGGAAGGUGCAACAUGGUUCAUCAAACGAUGCUUGGGCCACGGGACGGAGAGUGGAUGGUCAAAGUGGCCAGGACAGAAUUGGACAGGCGAAUAAGACCACCAAUGCCUCCAACGCGUUCGGGGACUCCUUUGAAAGGAUGCUUGGCUCUUCGUCCUCUGCGGCGGCUGCGGCCGCCUCUCGGAUGGCGGAGCAAGCAAGCUCUCGUGCUGGUCUUGGACCUCCACGUCCACUGGGUAGUUUCACUGGCGGGUUUGGUGCAUCAGGGAAGUCCAAGGAUGCCUUCGACGGCCUCGGUUCCUUCGAAAAGCAGUCGGCUCCUACGCUCGCUCAAGCUCGAACCGCAAGGACGGGUUUCAACGCCAACACAGGCCCAUCCAAUCUCGAUGUUCCCAAACCUAUCUCCCCGCGUCCGCCAAUUUCUCUCUCUCCGCGACCUUCGCCCUCGCCUUCACCACAACCGCCCCCUCACUCACCCUCUCCUGCAAUAUCCUCAUCCUGGAAAUCGCAACCCCCUGUUUCUCGAUCGGGUAUUCCGUCACCCAAUCUGACGGCCGAGGAACGUUUCCCAUCACUCGAGGAUUUGGAUCGCGUAUAUACUUCGCCGCCACCCACUUCUGCUGCUCCCUCUAUCUCACAAGGUCCACCGCCGUCGUCGAUAAGCAGAAUUGCUCCCAAACCCAUCAAACCCACACCCAGUCGUCUUCAACCGUCCAACGGAUUUGCUGCCACUAGCGUUCCAGCGUCGCUGAACAAUACGCUCGGCCCUCCCGCUUCAGCAGCUACGUCUGGGAUAGAUGGAACGCGCUCAGAGCAUGUCACAGGUGCAGCUAUGCGCGAGUCUCGUGAGGCGCACGAGACCUCGAAGCUUGGCAGUACCAGCCCUACCAAACAACGACCUAUCUUGGACAGGAAGCACCGCAGCUCGGUUCAAGUCAAGCAGUCUGUGGAAUUAUCACCAAUUGAGCCUACCCCCUCGACACCGACUGCUGCUCAGAUUCUGGGGCGACCGGAUACCCAGGACUGGCUUACUGGUGACGACGAUGAUCUCCCUAAACCGCCUGGUACCCCUGUUCUCCGCAACUCGUUGAGCAAGCGCGCGUCCGUUGUGCCCAAGAGUCCAGUUAUCCAAAGCCCUCAGGAAGCUGCUGAAGACCGAUUCCCCCCGCCUGAACAGGUUACCUCUACGCCUUCACCUGCACCUCCGUCGUCGACUACAGAUGCGAAACGUCAUCGUCCUAAACCGGUGGAGACGUUGGUGGCGGCUCCGGUGGCGUCGAGAGCGAGCUCGUUCAAGAACGAGGUGCUCAACGAUAACUGGUCGCCAGUGACAAGCCCCCGGCGUGGUACUACGAGGAGAGACACUUCGUCUAGCAGCGGCGGCUCCGAAGAACCCGAGGACGCGAAUGGGUUCGCACCUGGACAUGUGAAACCGUUCGAGUUCAAGGAGAAGGUGGGGCAGGGCAAGCGAAGGCCGAAAUCGAAGGGUCGCCAGAGCUCUGUGCAUGAUUUGGUCGAUUUAUGGGGAGGGGCCAGUGGUCCUGAGAAGAAGGGAACAGCGCGGGAGAGUGAGGCAGAGGGCGUCAAGAGCCAGGAGGUAGGCAAUGGCCUGGACAUCGGCUCUCCUAGCAAGGGGCGCAGCGAGAUCAGGAAGCCUGCGAACCUGACUUUCGGCACUGGAGCAAUAGCUCAGGCCAGGACCGCUUCACCCCAACCUCUCCUUCCGACACCCAACGCACCGGAAUAUCGAGACAAAUCACCUUCACCUCCUCGCCCUUCCUCAAGACACAGGAAACAGUCCUCGACACUGCUACCGCCUCCUUCGCCAAUCAGUCAACCUCAGACAUCAGUGGGCCGAUCUCGUCCACAGUCGAUGUUCGUGCCAGCAGGCGCGUCAUCAAAGCCCUUCCCCACACUGCCAGAGUCGCCCAAGACUCCGUCGUUGAAUGUUCCACCCGACGUACGCGCUCAGCGCCAAGUACGACGGAGUUCGAUAACGGAUAUGGUGCAGCGAUAUGAGGCAAUGGGCGGCAAACCUAUCGCACCUGCGACAACUACCAAACCGCCUUUACACAAGGUCGCCACCCACGGUACUUCGUCCUCUACGACGUCGGGCCCGGUUGUCGGUGCGCUAAAUUCCGCUUUCAAGGGUCGUAGUCAAUCCGCUACGGGUCACAAUUCUUCGUUGAACCCUCCGGAGGAUGGCAGCCGUGGCAGCAACAUGUCGACGCAACGAACGUCUCCUACCGGAUUGCCUCGGUCUUCGCCUGUGGCUCUUCCUGGCCUUGCUUCGCCAGAGAGGAAACCGCACGAACAGGCUUCAGGUCGCCGAUCACCCUUCAAACCGCCACAAACGAGCGAGAAACCGGCGGCACGAGAACCACCUCCCAAAGUGACUAUACCUCGCGCAUCUACUCCAUCGCCACCGUCCUCUGAAGAGGCGCAGCCGGGGUCGGGGUCGCCGGACAAGCCUUACCAGGGAGUCGGAAGGCUGAUUGACCAGUGGCAGCGCAAGGCGGUCGAUUCUGAUGGUCCGAAGGGUCUUGCUGGAGGGGCGAAACGCGGAGCGUACGCUGCUAGGCGUACAGGCGUUGUGGAGGGACGUGGUCACUAAUUUCAGUGUCUCAUCCUCAAGUGAGUUUCUGAGCACCCUCUCCGGGACAUGCUCCUUGUCAAGUCUGGACAGUCGGUUCGGAAGUUGGAAACCUUUCUCGCCGUAUCUAUUGAUCCCUGUUUCUCAUCGAGCAUGGCUAACGAACACAAUAUCCCUACUUAUUCUGUACUAUUCACUUUUUCCCGAGGAACACGCGCAUAUAUCACAGUUCAUAGUUGCAGCUGCAGGAGGAGGAGCAUAGUCUAGUCUUGGUAAACGAUAAUCAUCAUACAUCUUCAGGCGAGCCGUUGUCGUCCAUCUCGCAUCUGUACUUACCCCUACGCACGCAUGGAGAAUAAACGAGCGCGAAGGAUAACAAUACGCAUUCAUCACCAGUCCGUAGAUCGAUUUUCCUUCGCUCCAUCCCUAAC